AUGAACACCCCCCGCCGGGACAAAGUGAAGGUCCCUACCAUCGAAGCCUUCGACGGAACUACUGACCCAGAAGAGCACAUGGCUGCAUAUGCGGCCCAAAUGAACGUCCGGACUGGGUGUGGAGCUACUUGGUGCAGAUACUUUCCUACCACCUUGAAGGGUCUUUCCCUUAUCUGGUUCAACAAGCACGUGCCAAAGGGAAGUAUCAAGAUCUACAGUGAGCUUGAAAAAGUUUUCAUCAGCCAAUUCGCGGCGGGUCGAAGGCACCAAAAGACAAGUGUCAACUUAAUGGCAGUCAGACAGGGAGAGACGGAGACCCUUCGCAAUUAUAUUAAGAGAUUCAAUGAAGAAGUCCUAAAGAUAUACAAUCUCAAGGACGAAACCAAGGUGUCUAACCUCGAAGAAGCCAUGGAAAAAGCCCAAAUGCACAUACAACCUACAGACGUCUGUAAAAUCAGUUGGGUUGGUGAGCGUAGCACAAGGAAAAAACAAAAGCCAAAUUGGGGAGAGACCUCAAAAUCGGACAAGAAGAAAAAAGAAAAUGGAAGCCUUGACCAAGCUCAACCCUCCCUCAAAAGCUCAGUUGUAGCUGAUGACCAUGGUGAGGAUCCGAGGUACAACCGCAAUAGGCGGGAGAUUUACCUUGAUCUCAAAGGAAAAGACAUCCUCCCUAAGCCACCUGCAAUCCGUACGCCCGAAGCAAAGCAAGACAAGUCACUUUGGUGUGAGUUUCACCACGAAUGCGGGCACACCACAAAGAACUGUAGGGAGCUGAAAAGGGCAUUGGAUCACUUGGCCGACAAGGGCGAGCUGAAUAUUUACUCAAGGAAGAAUCCUCCCCCAAAAGCAAAAGCCAAAGAAAAGGAGUCCCCUAGUGAUGAUACGGGAGACUACACUGGAGUGAUAGCCGGCGGCUUGGCAACAGGCGGGUCUGUGAGCAAGGCGAAGGAUAGCUAA